AUGAGGUCGGCUGGCAGCCCCCGGUCGGGCCCCGCCGGCGCGUCCCAGGCGCAGAGGACGCCGCCCUCCGACGCGGACCCGCUGCUCGGCGCCGUGCGCGCGGCCGUGCGCGCGGAGCUGCUGGACCUCGUGGCGGAGGGCGGGCACGUGCGGCUGGCCCUGCGGAGCGAGCUGGAGGCCGCCCUUGGGAGCGGCUGCAGCCCCCUGAGGGCCAGGAGCCGGAGGACGUCGGUGCCCGAGGAGCUGUCGCCGUUGCACGAUAGCGAGGGGCGUGCGUUCGGAGUGUCGAAGACGCCGUCCGACCUGCACUCGGAUUAUGGACCGCGUGUGACUCACAGGACCUCGGCGAUCGAUCACUUCGCCGACGUCGUGGAGUAUGCGCAGCGCAUCUCCAUUGGCGAGGAUGCCUUCGCGGUCAGCAUGGAUGUGCCCUUCGCCCGUACGGCAGAGGCACUGUGGAGGUGGCUGGAUGGCCUCGAGGAGCCACCCCGCACGGGGUGCCUCGCUCGCCUCGUCACGGGGAGGGCCUUCGAGGUGGUAGUCAACCUCGUCAUCUUUCUCAAUUGCGCAUUCAUGGUAUACCCUGAUGGCAGAUACGGAGCCCGAGCGAGGAGGCCGCGUCGGUGCUGGUGGGCGACUGGCUCUUUCUGGGAUUCUACGCGGCCGAGAUGGUCCUGA